AUGGGAAGCAUCGCAGCAGUCAAUCCGUUCCAGGACGUUCCGGCGGGACGAACAGGUCCCCUCGAAACCCUCGUGGGUCAAUUCCGAGCAGACACUGAUCCCAACAGAACUGAUCUCCUCGUUGGCGUCUAUAAAACUGACCAGGGGAAACCUUACGUCCUGCCCAGCGUGAAAGAGGCAAAGAGGAGAAUCUUCGAGGAUCCAGACUGGCAUCAUGAGUAUCGCGCGUUCGCCCAAGGCUCCCCGGUCUAUAGGAAAUUGAGUGAAGAGUUGCUCUUUGGACCGGAUCAUCGCCUGCUCCGAGAGAAAAGAAUUGUAUCAACGCAGACCCUCGGCGCAAGUGGUGGAUGUCAUGUUGGAGCAGUCCUGUUGGCUCAACACUACGGGCCAUGGAAGCAGACUGGAAACCCCGAGAUCUUCCUUCCCACCGAGACCUGGUUGAACCAUCCUCAUUUGUUCGAAGCUGCUGGAAUUAAGACUACGCUGCUGCCUUAUUUCAACAGCAAGACGAAUAAGUUUGAUUUUGCAAAGUUCACAGAUGCCGUCAAGGCCCUGCCAGCUCAGUCUGUCGUUCUGCUGCAGUCUAAUGCGCAGAACCCAACUGGAAGUGACCCUUCACCAGAUCAGUGGCGGGAGCUGGCUACUAUUUUCUCUGAACGCGGUCACUUGGCGUUCUUCGAUGCGGCUUACCCUGGAUUUGCCUCGGGAGACAUUGACACGGAUCUUGAAAGUGUUCGUCUAUUUGCCGAGAGAGAGAUCCCAUUGAUCUUUGUCUCGACCUACGGAAAGUCUUUCGGUCUCUACAGUGAGCGCGUUGGAAUUCUCUCUGUGCUUGCUCCAAGCGAGCAAGUCGGAAAGAAUAUCGAGGCUCAUUUGAGACUCCUGGCACGAGCAGAGUCCGGUGCACCCCCUGAUUUUGGUUCCACUAUAGUUGAGACUGUUCUCUCGGAUGAGACCCUGAGGGCCCAAUGGCGAGAGGAACUGCGUCAUAUGGCUAAUCGAUUGAAAAGUCGUCGAAUCGCGCUCAGAGAAGCAUUGGAGAAAUUGGAAACACCUGGAAACUGGGCACAUAUCACCGAACAGAACGGAAUGUUCUCAUACGUUGGACUGUCUGUAGAGCAGGUAACUCUGCUCCGAGAGAAGUACCAUGUUUACCUCCAAGAUUCCGGGAGAAUAUCUAUUGCUGGACUUAAUGACUUCAAUACUGAGUACACAGCCAGCAGUAUCAGCGCCGUCGUCAAAGCGACUGCAUCUCACUGA